AUGACUCAACCGGUCAACCCCCAUUUUCCAAAACAUGAGCACAGCGACACAAACACUGGAGUGACGACCAUUCUCCCGCGGAAAAACUGGGACAAGUUUUCCUCAUUUGCCGGUUAUUUCACCUUCAACGGCGCCGGCGAGAUGACAUCCUCCCACUGGCUGCACGAAACCGGCAUCCUAUCCAGCCCCAUCGUUCUGACGACCACUUCUGCGAUCGGAGACGCAUACAGGGGCAUUCUUGAGUAUUGCUACAAGCACUGUCGCGGCGAGGAUGGUGAGAUGGGUCUAUUCAUCCUGCCCUGUGUGGCGGAGACCUUUGACGGCUUCCUGAACGACCAGUCCCUGUUCGCGGUGACACCGGCGCAUAUCAUGGAGGGCAUUGAACGAGCAUCCUCCGAUCCUGUCGCCGAGGGAAACACGGGUGGUGGUACGGGCAUGAUCUGUCACCGCUUCAAGGGCGGGACGGGGUCCAGCAGUCGCACCGUCAGGGGUUUCGACCUCAACGGCGAGGAGACGACGUACACUGUUGGUGUGCUCGUCCAGGCCAACUAUGGACCGGCCGAAACUCUGCACAUUGGCGGCGUCCCCGUGGGGCAGAUCAUCCAGGACGAGAACAAAACCAAAGAAGAUCUGGCCCGCACACCGAGGAAAGACGGCAGCAUUAUCGUCGUCAUCGCCACGGACUGCCCCCUUCUCCCUAUCCAGCUCCAACGCCUGGCGAAGCGUGCCACAGUGGGGCUGUCCAAGGUGGGCGGCUACGGGAAUAACUCAUCGGGAGACAUUUUUCUAGCCUUCAGUACGGGGAACAAGAUCCCCUAUCAUGAGAUGAGCAUGGAUGGCGGAAAUGUGGUGAACCCGUACGAGCCGGGGCCGAUGCAGGUGAGCAUGAGCGACAAUGACACGGUGAACGGUCUCUUUGAAGCCGUGGGUGAUGCGACUGAGGAAGCCAUCUACAAUGUACUUUGCAUGGCCGAAAGCAUGACGGGAUACAAGGGGCGGCACGUUGACGCGCUGGAUCUGGACAAGGUGAAGAGGAUUGUUGAGCCAAGGCUAGGGUGA